AUGCUGCGGCGAACACCUCUCUGUCAUGUACAUUUAUUUACCGCGCUUGUUCCUGUUAACAGCGUGAAGGCGCCGCAGCUCGUCAGCGGGGAACAUCUUGAGACGGCCAAGAAGGCAGUGAUGGAGGCUGAGCCACUGAUUGGGAGGGCACCGCUUGAGACCGCGUUUGAUUUGUUAGCUGACAUAUCGAAUUUUCACAAGCAACGAGAGUUGGAUCGAGUAUUGGAAGAGUGCAUCACGUCAUAUCGCGCUGAGCUUUAUAAACCUCUUGUAACCGAUCCGUUCCAGCGGUUACAGUUGCACGAGGCAAUAAUGGCUGCUGGGUAUUAUCAACGGUCUGCCAGGACCAGUGUUCUUAAGGGUGAAAGCGUGAGGUUUGUGCUACACCACUACAACUUUGAUGUCCGUCGCGAUACGUCGAUCACCCGCACUGUUCACAAUACACUUUAUGAAUCACGCACCUCCACUCCAGAGUCAGACAAAUUGCUUGGCGAUCUUCUUCUUUUAGAGCGGCGUUUGUUUGGCCGAAUGCGUUUUGCGCCAACAUCAGGGAGGCAGUGGUUUGUGCUUGGACUGUCACUAGAUGAUAUCAAAACAGAGGCAGACGUACAUCGUGUGCUUGAUAUCCCUGUCGUAAAGGAGCAUGGAAAUUUCGAAAUGCGCGAGGAAGACUCGGGAAAGCUUUGGAAAAAAAUUAUUGUGUUCCCAAGGCCCGAGCCGAUCUCUAGUUUUUCUGAAGAUGGUGAUUUUGCUAUGCCCGUUUCGGAGAAGGAUCUGAGAUUGGAGUGUCGGAUUCAAAAGCCAGCGCCGCCCAUGGAAUUUUGGGAUCGUGUGAAGGAUACGCUGCUACGGUAUUGGGUGAUUUGGUUCUCCUUGUGGAUAAUGUUUUUUAUGGUAGACGAGGAGAUUAUUACCGUUACGGCAUUGAUAUUUUUGAAGUGGCGUCAGACGAGAAUUCUUGAGGAGGAGGCGCGGAAGACGGGUGGAAAAGUGUACAUUGCAUCCGCUUCGGGCCGCUCCAGGGAUAGUCUAUAA